AUGGUUGUCACAUGUGAAAAUAGCUAUGACAGGACAAGUGAAUUAAUAGCUUUUGAUGGUACAAAAGCUGGUGUUAAAGGGCUAGUUGAUGCAGGAGUUACAAGAGUCCCAAGAAUUUUCUAUACAUCAGAAGAUGCAUAUACUGAGUCAUAUAAUGAUCCUGAAAAAUCUGAAAUCAAUAUUCCUAUUAUAGACUUAGAUGGCAUCAGUAAAGAUCCAAUCAAACGUAGCGCGAUAGUUGAAAAAAUCCGUGAUGCAUCUGAAGUGUGGGGUUUUUUGAAAGACGAGACGCGAUCGCGAAGCCUUGAAUUAGGCAGUCACCUUUUUGUUCUAUGCGAUCGCAGUAGCUCGUCCGCGAUCGCGAAAUUUGCGUGGCCAUUGAUACGCAAACGCAUAGCCCUUUCCACCUUCGCGGUGAAGAAGAGUGGACCUGGGCAGUGGGAGGAUUUACUCUAUGCAGUGCAGUGGUACACGUUAGCAAAUAGAUAUCCGCGUUCGUGCUGA